AAGCACAUUCUGGCUCAGAUUACCUGAGAGAGAACGAGUGUGCCCCAGAGUGCCAUGGACUUUCAACUGCAACUCUUAGAAAAAACGCCCGAGGCCUGCACUGUCUCGUACGAUGAUGUCCAGCUCUUGGCUGAUGCUCAGCAGCCCAACCCAAAGCACGUCCUCGGAGUACAGGUCAUGGGGCAGCACGUGGUCCUACGUUGCUGGGUGAGUGGUGCUCGAUCCGUUUCCGUGAUCAAUGAGCUGGAUAUCUUUCUUCCAGAAUGUGCUGAUGCCAAAGAAGACCCGCCUGAGAAGGUUCCGCUUCUGCCUGUGGAGCAUUGCCCACCGGAAUGCCCUUGGCUCUUUGAGCGUGCCUUUCUUUAUGGAGGCAAAGAAGACAAAUCCCAACUGCAGCAUUGGAGCUUUCAGAUUUGCGUGCAGUACAGUGGUGGUGGAACCAGCACCCUGACCUAUCUCCAUUCCUUAGGACCUUUGCUCCCAGAGUCCUUUCUCACUGGCUGGUCUCAUGGGAUGACGGAGACUCCACCUGCAUCCAUGUUCGGAGCUCAUCACAUGGAGCUGUACACUCACAAGCCAGGACUUUGGGGCACACGCUUUGCUGUAUGGGCGCCGGGUGCGCAUUCGGUCAGCCUGGUGGGUGAUUUCAACUUUUGGGACAAACGGGCGCAUCCCAUGUGCUGCCGAGAGAAGUUCGGCGUUUGGGAGCUUUUCCUGCCCAUGUGGGACCUUCGAGGUCAAAAGUAUGCCUACAACAUCGUGACCGGCGCUCUCGAGGAGGUCAUUAAGGCUGAUCCUUAUGCCUUGGAGUUCGUCGACCCUGCUGAGGGGCACGAUGCCAAGAUUCCAGAGUGCGAUGACUACAGUCGAUCCGCUUGGCAUGGCAACUACACCUGGACUGACCAGGUAUGGCUUGCUCAGCGGCUGGCCAAGUUUGGGGGUGAGAUGUGGAGCUCGCAGCCUUUGUCAAUCUAUGAGGUGCACUUGGGGAGCUGGGCGCCAAGCGCCACCAAUUACCGCGACAUUGCCCAACCACUGGUCCAGCACCUCAAGGAGCUCAACUUUACAGCUGUGGAGUUUCUUCCGGUAACACAGUAUCCCUGUGACCAGUCUUGGGGAUACCAAUGUGCUGCCGGACUCUAUGCCGUUGAUCGUCGCUUGGGCACUCCUGAUGACUUCAGGUACUUGAUUGACACGUUGCACAACAAUGGCAUCGCAGUUUUUAUGGACUUUGUGGGCGCACACUUUGCCAAGGACGAAUGGGGCCUGGUGAACUAUAGUGGUACGCCACAGUACGAGUAUGAAGGUACUCUUGGAGAGAUCCCCGGCUGGGGGACUGCUCGCUACAACUACUCCAAAGCAGAAGUCCAAGCUUACCUCCUGGGUGCAGCACACCAUUGGAUAGAUCACUUCCACAUUGAUGGCUUGCGUGUGGAUGCAGUGGCGGCCAUGAUCUACAAAAACUUUGGGCGUGAGGAAGAUGGGGAUGAAAUCAUGGCCGGCAAGGGCCGGUUGAAUGAGGAUGGCAUUGCCUUGCUAAAACGCCUUUGCGUGGAAGUUCGAACCCGACACCCUGGGGUGCUGCUCUCUGCGGAGGAGUCCACAAAUUUUAGGUGGGUUACAGACCGUCCGGCCGAGAAUGGUACGGAACGCCAGCGGGACGACUUCCGGGACUUAGGAUUCCACAUGAAGUGGAACAUGGGCUUCACCUAUGAUGCGCUCUCCUACUUUGGUUCAUCCUUCAAAGAACGAAGAAGCCUGGAUACCUUUGGCUGGAAACGGCUGGCUUGGUUCCUGAACUAUGCCUACAACGAGAGGUGGAUCCUUCCUUUCUCGCACGACAAUAUGCAGCGAAAGAGCUUGGUGGACCAGAUGGCCGAGGACAAGAAUGCCGGCGAAGUUGGUGAGGACGUCAGAUUUGCACAAAUGCGUGUUCUGCUCCUGUACACCAUAGGCAUGCUGGGACGGCCCUUGUUGUUCAUGGGCGCUGAGAUUGGUGAGUCUUGGUCGUGUGCGGAACCGAUUGACUGGGACGCUGCAGCUCUCGAUCCUCAGAAAAAUCUGUUACGGCGUUGGGUUGCCAAACUCUUGAAGCUGUAUCGAGACAUUCCGUGCCUGCACCGUCAAGACGAUAGAGCAGAUGGAUUCCAUUGGUUGGACAAAGAUUCAGGCAGCCAGUGCGUGUAUUGCUGGAAGCGGAUGGCCAGGAAUGAACUUCAGGC